CUGAAGCUUGGUUGCAUGCAUGUUAUAUUGAAAGUGGUCCGAAAUCCGAAGACAAUACCAUUAUUACUAACUCCUGUAUUCGUAUUGUUGGUUUCAAUUUUGUCCGUUAGUUGUAAUCCAUAAGAAUUAAAUUUGGUAGAAACAAGUCGUUCAAUCAUGACAUCAACACUAUCUGCUGUAAAUGAUAAUCAUGUUACAGCACAAUCAACUCCAUCAUCAUCAUCAUUACAACAGAAACAACAACCACCAAAUGAUUCUGAUGAUCUACUUGAAGAUAUGCUCAAUGAUGGUCAAAAUUCCAAUCAUCAAAAUAUAGAAUCAGAUGCACAUGGUGAUGGUGGUGGUCAUGAAGAUAAUGAUGUUGGUGGAACAGGCGAUGAUGAAGAAUUAGAAGUUAUAAGAGCUCGCGUUCGAGAGAUGGAAGAAGAAGCGGAAAAGCUAAAACAAAUGCAAGAUGAUAUUACCUCACAGAUAAGCAAUACUGGCUCAAGUAAGGAUCAAUUUAUGUUUUUUUCGAUUCCAAUAAUUCAUUCUACUUUUUCAGAUGAUCAUUCAACCUUAUCUCCCGAAGAACGGGCUGAGAUAGAUAGUCGGUCCAUUUAUGUCGGAAACGUUGAUUAUACGGCUACUGCCGAUGAUCUCGAAAAACAUUUCCAUGGUUGUGGUUCAAUCAAUCGUGUGACCAUUCUGUGUGAUAGAUUUACUGGACAUCCAAAAGGAUAUGCUUACAUAGAAUUUGCUGACAAAGAUUCAGUGGAGACGGCUACAGCUCUCGACGAAUCCCUAUUCAAGGGUCGUCAAAUAAAGGUGAAUGCCAAACGAACUAAUCGUCCGGGAUUAUCGACCACAAAUCGUCCACCACGUGGUCGAGGUCUAAUGGGACGUGGUCGUGGUGGUUUUUUUCCUCGUGGAGGUGGCGGUGGUAGUCCAUGGAUACGUGGUGGUGGCCGUGGUGGUCGGGGAUUCAGAUCCCGUACUGGCUGGUAUGGCUAUUCACCAUAUUGAUGAAAAUUCAUGAAAAUCUAAACCAACCGACAACGAAACGAAACACACCACCCAUAUAUGCAUCGAAACGUGCUGUUUAUCAAUUCAUUUGAUACGUUCAUUCAUUGUCAUCGUCAUCAUUCUUAUGAUUUACAUUCUAAUGGCCAUCGAUUUAUGAAUAAGCCACGAUAGGAUCAUUAUAUAAUUUUUUUUUCGAUUCACCAAAUACAUUAUAUCCAAUAAAAACCACAUUGGAUCAUCCAAAUAUAAAAAAACAAAACAAAACAAAAAAAAAUAUCACCCAUACCAUAAUAUACUCAAAUUUAUAGUGAAAAUUAUCAAAAAAAAAUUACAUAGACGAAUAGCCAAACAAUAAACGUCUUUGUUUAUAUAUGUAA